AUGGUUAAAACUUUUGUUCGAGGUGAAGUUGUUAAUGCCGACAAGGCAGUCGCUCAGAAGAAGGGGUCCGGAAAGUCAAGGCUUUAUUUACCGAAACCGAGCGUUGUCAAGACCGAGUCCGCUUUCGAAGCCGCACGAAAAGCUGCUGAAGAAAAGGCAAAGAAGAUCAUGGACGAGGCGCUGAAGAACCGACCUCAAAAGCCUGGAAAAAGAAAAGAAACGAAGCGCCUGUCGAACCUAGAGGCGUUCAAGGAAGAAUUGAAGAGGGCUCAGGAAGAACGGGCCGAGAGGCGCCGACUGCGGCAGCAACUCCAAGAUCAGUUGGGAAUGGACAAGGAACCGCUUGACAAGAUUGCACCGUCGUUGGAUAAUCCUUACCUGGGAACAUACGAUCUCGACCCUAACACUACGAACUUAUUUCUGUCAAAUCUCAGCCCUAAGGUUCGUGUGGCGCCUGUGUAUUGA